AUGUCGUGUCUGUCGCCAGAUGCCACAACCACAAUAACCUCCCGACCAAAACUCACCCUCCAAACCACCGCUCUCCCUCGCACAUUCGGCACUUCAACCACCGGUCUAUCCUUUUCCUUCGCAGCAGCACCAACUUCAUCCCCCACUAUUCGAAAUACCUUCAAGAAUGCCUACGAAGUCGCAUCCCCAUCAUCCGCAACUUCCCCCACCAGAUCUACCCGCUACAACAGACCAACCUCCCCCUUCAUCCUCCACGCAAACAAUAAUCUUUUCAACCACCGAAGCCCAUAUCAACUCCCCAUCGGAGUGCGCAGCAUUCUACGGAACUCCCCACUAGAACCCUCAACGCGCCGACGAUCAGGCUCCAUAUCAGCGGGCGGCAAUGGCCCCAACGGCGCAGCCUCUCGUCGUGUCUUUUUCCCAGCAAAGAAACAAGUCAGCUACCGGUACCCACUAGAAGAAGAGAUCCGCACAGAACGCUACACGGCGCAACAUCUCGACCUCGUGAUGGAGGAGGCAGUGCAAGCCGAGGCAGACACCAACCAAUCCCCAUCUGAGACACGUCCCGCCCCCUUCCAGAACAUCGAAGGCGAAAAAGAGAAUUCCGAUUCUAGCCCCUCGUUAUCGGAAACAAGUACCUCGGAUGAUACCAGUGCCGAUGAAGGUGUGCGCGGGUCCUCGCUCUCAAAAAUGGAACGCAAAAAACGCCGCUCCGUGCAGGUAGAGCGACAGGUUCGCGCCGUGGCUCUGCUAGAUGGCUUUGAGGCUGAUGGAUCCUCUACGCCGCAGACUCCUCGGCAGGGUCGGGCUAAGCGUCGCAGGGAAUGGAAAUGGACUCUUGGGCCUGUCGAUCUUAGGCCUGUCGAUAAGGCCUUGAACAGUGGAUCCGAGAAUGUCUCACUGUUGCACGCGGCACAAGUUAAUCCUGGAUCCAAGUCUCUCCGAGUAUCCACCGACUUUGCGCCCGGUCAUUAA